AUGCCAAUCUCUACUCCAAUCUGGUACUCGUCUCCUUCACCAACUCCCAUGACAUUUGAUCAAGACGUACCGUGUGACUUGGAUACCGGUGUAUUCCAAUCUGCCUAUCCAUAUACAACCUGUAUGAUCCCACAAACGGAAAAUUCAUAUACUAUACCGCCGUAUCCAAGUCCAUAUCUUGAUACCAUUGAUAUUUCCACGGUACCAGAAUUGGAUCAAAGCAUUUCGACAGAGAACAGCAGAAGAGGUUUUGGAUCGGAAGGAAACGAGAUGAUUGACGAGAUAUCAACCGAAUUGGAACGAAGUCAAAAUCGAGCCUCUCGUGAACGAAAACCCAAAGCUCAAGGUAGUCGCACACGAGAGACAUCGCAUGAUUCAGUAGACUCGGUGACGGAGAAGACUCCCGCUCAGAAAAUGAGACGGCUUGUACAAAAUCGCGUAUCGCAGAGAAACUUUCGGAAGCGCCAAGCAAACGAGCGCCAACGACUCGAAGAGCAAGUGAAGGUGCUCAGUACUGAGCUGCAUAAUCUUGGUGAUAUGUAUCAAGAUCUACUGAGCCGAUACGAGCAGGCAGAGCGUGAAAAAUCGUCGAGUAGUGAGCUGAUAGGGGGGUGGAUGGAUGGUGCCAGGACUUUGAACCAAUUUAAUCUUUAG